AUGGUAGCGGCGGAAUCAUGGUUUCGAAGUCUAUGGAAGACGCAACGUAAGGAUGAUUCUAAUUCCGAGAAAGCAGUGAUUGGAGUGUUAGCGUUUGAAGCUGCAAAGUUGAUGUCCAAGCUUGUUAAUGUGUGGCAGUCGUUGAGUGAUAAACAGGUUGCCAAGUUGAGGGGCGAGAUUUCAAAUUCAGUUGGUAUCAAGAAGCUUGUUUCGGAUGAUGAUAAUUUUAUCGUUCGUUUAAUCAGUCAAGAGAUGCUUGAGAGUAUGGCGUAUGUGGCUGAAUCCGUGGCUAGGCUUGCGAAAAAAUGCAGUGAUACAAGACUCAAGGAUUUUGAGAAGGCCUUUGAUAGGUUUAUUACCCGCGGUUUUGAUUCUUAUGGGUGGGUAUUGUCUUCUAAGAAAAUGGAUAAAAAGGUAAAAAGAAUGGAAAAAUUUGUGUCGAUUAAUGCAAACUUGUACCAAGAGAUGGAAAUGCUUACGGAUCUUGAGCAAACUCUUAAAAGAAUGAAGGUUUAUAGUGAGUCGGACGGGCCGAAUUUAAUAGAGUAUCAAAAGCAGGUUGCAUGGAAGAAGCUGGAGGUGAAGAACUUGCAGUCUAAUUCUCUGUGGAACAGGACAUAUGAUUACACUGUAUACUUUUUAGUGAGAUCUUUAUUUACGAUAUUCAGUAGUAUCAAUAAUGUAUUUGGAAUUCACGAGCUAACAAAUAUCGGUAAAACCACAUUUCGUAGUGCUGACCACAUUCACGGAAGUCAUUCAGUCUCGGAAUUGUUGCAACCUUCGGUACAACCGGUGCCAAAUAAUGUUGCCAGAUUUUCUUCCGGACCCCUUGGUCCUUCUACUGCAAAAUCAGAUCAGAAUGUUAGAGCAAAUAAAACUGGCAUUAUUCAACCAGUUGGCGAGUCGUCCACAAAGUCAGGCCCAAUUUCAGGAAUGUAUAAAGGCCUCAAUUUUUUCUCGGGCCCUCUUGGAAGGAGUUCGAAAAAACCAGUCCCGGAGAAUGGGACAAGUAAAAACAAGUUUUGGAAAUUUAAUAACGGUCACUCAAGCACUGCAACUGGGAAAGAAAAUAAUACGAGACACAGUCGAGCAACCCAAGUAGGACCUUUCAAAGGCUGUAUUGCAGAAGAUAGUUCCUCUGUCAUCAACGGUCGCUUAAAUCCAAAGGGUGUUCCCUUAGUAACUCAGAAUCACAAAGAGGCUGAUUCAGAGAUUCAUACUCAUGAAAACGAAGCUCACUGUUCUCAACCGACAUUCAGUUCUCUUUGCAAGCUAAAGCCUCCAUCUGAAUCCCUCGGCGCCGCAUCUUUAGCCCUUCACUACGCACGUGUUAUUGUUGAGAUUGAGAAGCUAGCGGCCUCUCCACACUUGAUUGGUCUCGAUGCUAGGGACGAUCUGUACAACAUGUUACCGAGACGUGUAAAAGCUUCUCUCAGGACUAAACUAAAACCGUACUCCAAGGACAUGGCUGCAGCUGUCUAUGACGCAAGUAUAGCAGAGGAGUGGACGGAAGCAAUGACGAAAGCAUUGGAAUGGUUAGCACCACUUGCUCACAACAUGUUAAGAUGGCAAUCUGAAAGAAGUUAUGAGCAGCUGAGCUUUGUUUCGCGGACAAACGUGUUGCUUGUACAAACCCUUUACUUUGCGAAUCAAGAAAAAACAGAAGAGAUAAUCACCGAGCUUCUCGUUGGUUUGAAUUAUGUGUGGAGGUAUGUUAAGGAGCUCAAUACAGGUAUGUUAGAGAUUGGCAAUAGUGUAGCCAAUAAUGGCUAUUCUAUAAUGAAUGCAUAA